UAUGUUAAUAGCAUCCUUUUAAAUUCUACUUUCAAUAAACUUAGCUGCUAUUUCAGUACUGUCCUACAACUAUUUAAUUGUAAAUAUGUUAUUGAAUUUUAGAGCCAAAAAGAAGUAGUAUUCAAAUCGUAUUAUAACUAAGAAUAGGUGGAAAACAUGAAUCACAUUGAAUAAAUAAAUAAUGCUCUAUUUCCCUUACUUGAGGAUAUAUCUGUAAUAAUUUAUGUAAUAAGUUAGUUUGACCCUGAAUUCAGGAUAUACAGAUAUACUGACACAUUGAAUUGCCCAAUUGUGAUGAAUUAGGAUGAAUGCCAUGUCGAGACUUGCAAUUUAAAAAAUUUUGAAGGAGAAGAUUCUAUAAUAACAGUGGACUUGAAAUAUAAUGGAGAAAAAUACACAGGACAAUAAGGCUAAAAUAUAUGGCUCAACAUUUAUGAAGAACUUGGAAAGAAUUCCACUUCAGAGAUACAUAAUCAUUUCAUAAAUCUAAUAAAGGGAAUUCAUUCAUCAAUAUCUGUCUCAAUCACUGAGUAAUUUGAUUAUGGAACUAAAACAGGAGCUAAUGUAGACUUCUUCUUUUUGCGUGUUGGUUACUAUCCAGAUAGAAUUUAUAAUCUUUAUUUUUUGCAGUCAUUCUUAAUACAAGCCUCCAAGUUUCUCUACCUUAAUAAAACUGAAUUGCCUUAAUUAACCUAAUUGAAGGUGUAAGGAGUGUUAUCCUCAUACAAUUUGAUGCCACUUUAUAAGUUUGACUACUUCUAGAAUUUAACCUAAUAGGAUUUAGAAUAGUUUAGAAAUGAUACUCUAUUGCUCAAUAAUUAUAUGGAUUGUGUGCAUUGCAAAAGAUGCAAGGUAAAUGGAAAACUAUAAAUUCAUGGGUUGGAAACAUCUAUUGAUCUUUUAUUCCAUAGGGAAAAAGGAGUAGAAUUAGAAAAAAAUGACGUGAUAGCCUUCUUAAAUACUUUUUAAAAGAUAUCCAGCUCAGUGAAAUCAAUAGAAUCGAUGUUCGAAAGAAGAACAUAAACUCUCUUUCAAUAUUGUAAAUUAUCUGGAUUUGGAUUCGUAUUUUUGGUUUUCUUAUCCCUAGUGGCCAUUUUGAUGAAGAGAUGA